AUGCGGGAUGAUGUAAUGAAAAUGUUUGACGACUUGGAGAAUUCUGUUGCUAAGGACGCUGAAUCAUUUAAGGCAGAAACACUCGAGAAGCUGACAAAGAAACAGUCUGACAGUGAGAAACAUGUUGCUGACGUAACAAAAUCUCUGGAAACAAUUGAUAACGUUCAUCAGAACAGGACGCCCUCACAGCAGUUUAUACUGGAACAAAGAAUGAAGAGAAAAGUCGAUGAACUUAGCAGCAACGUUGACAAGGAAUGUCAAAGGUUAGAGACUCUGGCCGUUUCAUUUGAUUUUGAUGAAACAUUGAGACUACCCCCACUUCCAAUUUCAUAUUACGUUCCGGGACAAUUGACAUUUAAAUGCUCUCUAUCGGAAGAUGUAAAACCCAUCGCACCUGUAGAUCCGAUCGUUAAGUUAACGAAUAUUACUUCCAUUGAUCUAAAGCAGACUGAAGAUGAUGUCAAAGUACCGUUCUACUCUGGACUGGAUUUCCUUCCGGAUGGUAGACUGGUUGCCGUGGAUAAUAAUAACAAGAAAUGUUUGAUUUACAAUGAGAAGCUUGAGAAAAUAGGAUCAUAUCAGUUAUCGUAUGCACCACGUAGUGUAGUUGCUGUAUCUGAGGAGGAAGUGGCGAUAACAAGUGGUGCUAACUACAAGAUAGACUUUCUACGUGUAAGUAAAUUUAAUGAAAUAACUUUAAACAGGACAUGUAAGGUAAAGUCGCAGUACGAUUCUAUAUGUCAGAAAGAUGAGAGAAGCUUUAUUGUUGGAACUAUGCAUGAUACAAGACAUGUUCGUAUUGUUUCUCUGUCUGGAGAAGAGAAAGAUGUCAGUAUCAACUUUCCAAACAUGAAAUAUCCUAGUGACACUAGUGCUUGUACAUAUAUAAGAAACAGUGACAAAGUGAUUCUCACCGAUAGGUACGAGCAUACAGUCUACAUAUAUGACAUCAAGAGCAACACCAGGGUUGUUGUCAAGGACGACCAGAUAAAAGAACCAAAAGGUGUAACUCUAGGUCCAUCCAUUUAUAUCCUUGUCUGCAGCAAAGGCACAAAUUCUAUUGUACAGAUCUCUGAAACAGGGCGAGUCCUGUUCUCGUACAAGUUAGAUAUUGAAUUUCCAUACAGGGUCUGCGUGUCUAAGAAUAAAUCACAGUCAUUGCUGUCACAAAUAGCUUGGUCGGUGGGAGAAAGUUGCAGUUAUUACAAAUUACAUUAUAAAUUCAAUGAUAUACUUAACUCUCUCUGA